GCCCGUCCGGCGGGCGGUAUCGCUCGACCCGUGGGCCGUCUCCCCCGCGCCCUGACCCCUGUUUUCCCCACGCCCCUGCCGUGCACCGCACCCAGCCGCAUCGGCGUCGCCCUCCCCGUCGCCCUCCCCCAUAUAUACCCCGCGCGGCCUCCGCCUCCAAAACUCACCUCACCUCCAAAGGCACCACCUUCCUCCUCCGGUCCUCCGCCGCCACCGAAGCAGCGACAGCCGGAGCUCAAGGACGCGCUAGCUAGAGAAGCAGCAGCACCUACUCCUGCUCAGAAUGGCCUCCGCCUUCUUCUUCGACGCCGAGCCGCUCUGCGAGCCCAGCGUGCCGGCGCUGGACGCGUGCGCGCUCUGCGCCAAGCCGCUGGGCCGCGACAGCGACAUCUUCAUGUACAGGGGGGACACACCCUUCUGCAGCGAGGAGUGCCGCCACGAGCAGAUGCAGCUCGACGCCAUCCGCGCGAGGCAGGCCGCAAGGUCCGCCGCCCGGAGGCAGCAGCAGUACUCGGCCAUGGCGGAGUCGCGGCACCAGGAGUCCAGGAAGGUGUCCGUCGCGACCUGAACGCGCUGCCGCAGCCUGCAAAAAGCAUGGAAGAUUUCCGCUUGUGUGUCGACAAGAUUUCAGCACAUGAAGAAGAUCAGUCGAUGGAGCCGGUGGGACAAAGGACAUCGGUUCCCCCGUCUCUGUAGCUUGGCUUGAGCAGUGCGGCGUUGCCCAUCGGCGCCGGAGAGCGAAGAACCUUGGGACAUGGGGGAGGAAGUUCGUCGGAUCUGCUUGCUUGUGGCUUUGGGUAUCUGAGCCGCCCACUAGGCACCACAAUCCCUUGUUCAACGCUCUGGUGUUUGGCUCAUCGGGUGUGCGCGAGUGUUUUUAGCUUCCAUUGUACACCACCUUGAUCCUUCUGUAAAUCCAAUGCAUUUGGGAAUCUUGUUUCCAUAUUUGAGCAAAUUUUGAGGAAAAGCAUUGCCUUGCCUGAA